UCAUUUCAGAUCAGGUGACCAGAUGGGAAACAAUGCAAGUUCAUUGUCAGAACUAAACCUUUUUUCAAAAGGAGGAGUCUUUACAAGAGAACAAUUAGAUGAAUAUCAAGAUUGCACAUUUUUCACGAGAAAGGACAUAAUUCGACUAUACAAAAGGUUUUAUGCAUUGAAUCCACAUAAAGUUCCAACAAAUAUGCAAGGAAAUCGGCCUGCAAUUACAACGCUGACUUUUGAAGAAGUUGAGAAAAUGCCAGAAUUAAAGGAAAAUCCAUUCAAACGACGAAUCUGUGAAGUUUUCUCCGAAGACGGACGCGGAAAUUUAUCAUUCGACGAUUUUUUGGACAUGUUCUCAGUGUUUUCGGAAAUGGCACCACUCCAGUUAAAACUGAAAUAUGCUUUCAGAAUUUAUGAUUACGAUGGAGAUGAACUUCUUGGACAUGAUGAUUUGAGUAAAAUGAUUCGAAGUUUAACAAGAGAUGAGCUGAGUGAUGUAGAAGUUGAAUUUAUAAUUGAACGAAUUAUUGAAGAAGCUGAUUUGGAUGGAGACUCGAGUAUAAACUUCGCAGAAUUUGAACACGUUGUCUCUCGAUCACCUGACUUCAUUAGAACUUUUCAUAUCAGAAUUUAAAUACAUUCACGGGUUAUAUUUUUUUCAAUGUUUUACAUAAAUCGUUUGUUUUUUG